AUGCCCAUCACCAUUUUGCCGCCUCUUCAGGCGGCGUCUCGCCAGUUUCAGUCGACUGCAACAAGGAGAGUGGGCGGCUGGUCAGCCACGGCAGGCGCACGGCACAAUGACGACGACGACGAAGACGACGACGACAAAAACGACGAAAACGAUGAGGACAAUGACAGCGAUGGCGCCGCACCCGACAACACGGGCGGCUACGAGAUCGUGACGCCCGGCGAAGUCAUCACAGACGACCCGCAGUGGAUGCGCGGCCACGGCACGUACGCCGACACCCGCGGCGCAUCGGGCGGCAUUGUGUCCUCGCUCGCGGGCACCGUCGUCCGCACCAACCGCCUGCUGUCCGUGCGGCCGCUGCGCGCGCGCUAUGCGCCUGAAGUCGGCGAUCUCGUCGUGGGCCGCAUCGUCGAGGUCCAGGCCAAGCGCUGGCGCGUCGACGUCGGCGCCGCGCAGCUGGCGGCCCUGCCGCUGUCGGCCAUCAACCUGCCUGGCGGCGUCCUGCGCAAGCGCACCGAGACCGACGAGCUGCAGAUCCGCUCCUUCUUUGCCGAGGGCGACCUGCUCGUGGCCGAGGUGCAGCAGAUUUUCGGCGACGGCGUGGCCGUGCUGCACACGCGCUCGCUGCGCUACGGCAAGCUGCGCAACGGCGUGUUCUUUGCGGUGGCGGGCGGCGGCGCGGGCGCAGGCGCGGGUGUCGUGCGGGCGCGGCGGCAGGUCUGGACAGUCAGCGGUGACGACGAGGAUGACGAUGGCGGUAGUGACGACAACAACAAUGCGCACGGCGAGGACGCCGCCAUGCACGGCACCAAUGACACGUCGGGCAGCCACCGCCAUGCUGCUGCGUACGGCACGGGCGCUGGCAAGAUCGAUGUCAUCCUGGGCGUCAACGGCUACGUCUUUGUCGGCGCCCACGUCGAGCCACAGUCGGCGUCGUCUGCUGCUGCUGCGUCUGGUGCAUCGCCAGGACCUUCUGCCGCUGCCGCCGCCGUCGGCAUCAACAACAUUGAGGAGGCGGUCAGCGCCGCCAUCUACUCGAGCCAGAACGACCCCGUCAGCCGCGAGACCAUGCGCGAGAUUGCCCGCCUGCGGAGCGUCGUCGGCCUGCUGGUCGAGCACCGCCUGCCCAUCGACGAGGCCUCGGUCAUGAAGGCCUACCGCGAGGCCCUCGACGUCGCCCGCCACUCGUCGGACCGCGGCGAGGACGACGUGUACCUGGGCGGCGAGCGUGGCGACAAGAUUGCGGCAGGGCUGGGAGGGCGGUAA